GGGGAUAAAGAAAGGAUAGUUAGAGUGAGUGAGUUGAUUAAAUCUGGAAAUAGAGAAUGGGAUCAGGAGGCUAUUUUACAGACAUUUAAUCCUGUGGAUGCUGCUCUCAUUCUCACAAUUCCUUUGAAAAGCACUCCUCAACCAGAUAAAUUAAUUUGGCAUUGGGGCAAGAAAGGGUGUUUGAGGAAGUUUUCUGAGCUUCAGUGGACAUCUGUUACUUGCUUUCUUCAUAAUGCAGCAGCAGUAAAAAUGCUGAAUAAAUCUAUGGCCAUUCAUCACUCCUGCUUGCAGCUAGUGGGGGAA